CUCUUACCUGUCUGUAAAGAGGAGAAGGAAGAGAAAGAGUUCCCUGAGGGCCCGGCACCGACCCCCAGUCAAUGUCAGAAGAGUCUGGAGGAGGACCCAGAUUAUCAAAUACCUUCCAGAUACUGGUCUCCAAAGGUUGAGUCUGAAUCGAUCACGCCGAGGAGAUCUUGGAUCAGCGCAGAUGAAUCCCACCUUACCCUGCGGAUGGGCAUACUGGAUCCCUCAUCGAAAAACAGACUCUCAAAAAAUGUGUUACAGAAAUUUCCAGUGUUCGAGGUGAAGUGUCCCCUUGGUCUCCAGGAGCCCGACUUCCUGAUCCUGCUGAAGACCACCUUUCCUCAGCUGGCUGGAGAUGACAAACCUUUUGGCAUCUUCACAAUCAACAAGUUCAGGAAACUAGAACCUUUAAAACUGGAGACACUGACGCCAGAGAAUAUCUUUAAAGCUCUUGGGCCCAGGGGAGGAGGAAAUACAGCCGUGUACAUCCGACUGAAGGCAGGAGAGGAAGAUCCUCAUCAUUUACAGCUAAACAGCAACUAUAGCUUUGACACCACCCCUGCUUCUGCCACACCCAGUUUACAUGCAAGGUCAGUGACCAACCAGUUUAAGAAUGAAGAAAGCCCCAGCAGAGACCUCCAAGACAGAAACGCUGUACAACCACAACAACAACAACAACAGAUAAACUACGAAGAAGAAGAUGAUAACAUAGAUGGAGUGCCAGAUCCAGCCGACAGUGAACAGAAUGGUGGAGAAGAUCAGAGACAGGAUGACAGUGAUGAGCCAGGUGACAAAGGAGAUGACGACUGGAAACCGAAUGAGAGUGAUGAGGACUUGAAGGAGAACGAUUAUGAAUUGUGGUCACCCAAAACAACAAGGAAACGUCGUAUCAAGCAUCGUGGGCAAGUUGUCAAGAGAAGGAAAUCAGUAGAAAUGUCUCAAGAGGAGUCUGUUAAGAAAAAUAACCCUACUCAGGCUUGCAGAGUCUGCGGAACUCUGCAUGGGUCAGAAACCAUUUUGAUCAAACACGCCUGGAGUCACCUGGAAGAUCCUGGACAUCUUUGCGGGGCGUGUGGAGAACCUGCAGAAUCUGCGAAGGCUUUGGAGGAUCAUCUUCAGAGUCACCAGAAAACUCACAGUUGUCACAUUUGUGGGAAGUUGUACCUCAGCAUUAUUCCAUUCAGAAGCCACGUAGCAGCUCACGAAGGGAUUAAACCAUAUAAAUGUGGCGUUUGCUGCAAGGAAUUUACUCUGAAGUCGUCUUUCAAGUGUCAUGAGAGGCUCCACGUGAUGAAUAAACCCCACAAAUGUGAUGUUUGCCAUAGAGCAUUUGUUUUAAAGAGAGAGGUCGAAUCUCACCGCAGGAUCCACAUGGGCAGCAAGUCUUUCAGCUGCAGUGUGUGCGAUCCUGUCUCCUGA